GGUUGAUUUUGUAACAAUGUGCUCAUUUCUGGAGACUUAUUUUGCUUUAGAUCUAAGAUUCUCGUUUCCCUUUUGAUUUGAUUUCAUGGGUUUUGUGUUCAUGCUUAUAAAUCUCAUGUCUUUUGUUGUUUUUGAAUCAGGUUUGCAGAUUUUCAACAGUAAAAUUUCAGAAAGUCUUCAUCUUUGCCUGGUGGGUUGGGUUUGUUCACUGUUAAUCGUUUUGUUAUUUGCUCACUGUAAUGGAGAAGACUAGUUAUGAAGAAUGCACUGAGUCAAAGAUACAGAAUCACCGCAAAUCAAUGGAGAAACUUAAAGCUGAUGCGUCUGGAAUAUUGACCUACACCAGUCAAUUGAAAGGUUUACUCAAGCAUUUUGACAGUGUUGAAGCCAAUAUUAAAAAGAGGUCACGAGAGCUAGAGCUAAAGGAGAAGGAACUGCAAAUUUUGAGCUCAGACCUUGAGAAAAAGAGUCAAACUUUUGAAGCAGAAAAAUCUGAAGCUGGUGAUUUGAAGAAAUUGGCUGAAGAGUGUACUGAAGAACUGAGGUCCAAGAGGAAUCUACUGACUGUGAGACUCGAUUCUUUGACAAGGAUUCAGAGAGAGCUGGAGUCAAAGGAUAACCAAUUGGGACAGGUUAUGGCUGAGAUUAAGAGGCGUUGCAGUGAGGCUCGUAAUGUUCAAGAGCGUAAGAGAGAAGUGGAAGAUGAAACAGCUAGAAACAAGAAAGAGUUAUCAUUGAUUGUUGAGCAGAUUGAAGAAUCUGGAAAACAGCUUGCGACGGUAGAUGAGCAAGUAGAGGCGCAAACUGCUUGA